AUGAGCCAUGGCGGGGGAAAAGAACCUUCGAGGUAUGUGUUUCUUCUGUUCCUUCGCGAACCUCGACUCCGACUGAAUGUACAGUCUAUGUUCGAAAUUCUGGAAGCAGAUAUUGUUGUUCUCCAGGAAACCAAGAUCCAGCGUAAAGACCUGCGUGAUGACAUGGUCCUGGUGCCAGGGUGGGACUGUUAUUUCAGUCUCCCACGAGUCAAAAAAGGAUACUCCGGCGUCGUUAUUUACACCCGCAAUGCCACAUGCGCUCCUAUCCGUGCAGAGGAAGGUAUUACAGGAGUUCUCUGCCCGCCGAACUCAUCUGUUCCAUUCCGCGACCUCCCGGAGGAGCGACAGAUUGGAGGAUAUCCGACUCUUGAGCAGCUCUCCAGAUCGAACAUUACCACAGAGGCCCUUGGCUCGGAGCAAGAAGAAGAUAGCAUGCAGCCGACACCUGAUGCCAAAAUAGAUGCAUCGACUCUCGACUCGGAAGGCCGUUGUGUCAUUCUUGAGUUCCCUGCAUUUGUACUCAUUGGUGUAUACUGCCCUGCCUAUCGUGACGAGAGUCGGGAUAGCUUUCGCCUGGACUUCCUCAAUGCACUCGAUUCCCGAGUCCGCAACUUGACCAAGAUGGGGAAAAGUGUGAUCGUGACUGGCGACAUCAAUAUCUCGAAGCAAGCCAUAGAUAGUGCUCACGCAAUCGAGAGCAUACGCAAGGCCGUGACUUCAGCCGAGGAGUUCAUAUCCAGUCCUGCUAGACGAGUGUUCAACCAAUUGCUAUCAGAUGGCGUGGUCAUCGGUGAGCGCGAGGAAGGCCGAGAAGACCCGGUUCUUUUCGAUGUAUGCAGAAAGUUUCAUCCAGGUCGCACUGGCAUGUAUACAUGCUGGGAUCAGAAGCUCAAUGCACGACCGGGGAACUUUGGCUCGAGAAUUGACUAUGUGCUGUGCGGUUUGGAUAUGCAGGGUUGGUUCUCGGACGCAAAUAUCCAAGAAGGAUUGAUGGGCUCGGAUCACUGCCCUGUGUAUGUGGUUUUCAAAGAUUCUGUUCGUCAUCUCGGGAGCGAGACUAGUGUUCGAGACAUACUGAAUCCACCGGGAAUAUUCAAAAACGGCGAACGUCAACAAGAGUAUUCAGGCUCAUGCAUACUCCCCGCAUCGGGGCGUCGACUACCAGAAUUUGAUCUCGAUAAACGCAUAAGCAUUAGGGACAUGUUCUCACGAAAACCCACGCCUAGUUCAUUGAAGCCGGAGACCGGCGCUGCCACUAUGACUACAACACAUAGAACUGGAGCCGAACGCUCGAUACCUACAAUUGACGACCCUCAUAACUUGCCACAAAAGGUCAUUCCAGUCACUAGCAAGAAGCCACAGCCUAGUCCCCGCAAACGUUCGCAGCCUCCCUCUGUCACACCACUCAAGCGAUCGAAGCUCGAUACUCCAAUAACCUCUGGGGCUUCGAAGGGAGGUCAGAAGACACUAAAGGGGUUUUUCAAGCCGAAGGGUGUGGAUGAUGGAGAGUAUGCUAUACCACAUCUGGCGUCUGCGGGAUCAGAGGCAUCACAUUUCAGCUCCGGGACAUCAGGCCUAUCAGAGGAAACCCAAGGCACUUCUCACACUGAUUCUUGGGGCUCUUCAGAUUUCGAAAACGACAAUUCAAACAAACGGCAGCGCGGUGAGCGUGAUCAAUCGGCAGCUGACGCUUCACCUACUGCAGACUCGGUCGUCGAUCCCAUUGUCAGCAAGGAGGAUUGGUCUAAGCUCUUCACCAAGAAGCGGGUCCCAUCGUGUGACGGACACCAAGAGCCAUGUAUCAGCCUAACCACAAAAAAGCCUGGGAUGAACCACGGUCGUCUUUUUUGGAUAUGCUCACGGCCAUUGGGCCCUAGCGGUGGAAAGGAGAAGGGCACACAGUGGCGAUGCUCAACUUUCAUCUGGGCCAGUGAUUGGAAUCCAUCUCCGGCAUCACAGCAAUGA